AUGUGUGAAGAGAAAGAAUUCACAUUGUUAGUUAGGAGAAGAGGCUCCGUAAAACAAAGGCUUACCCUUUUUCAAAGAUACUUGGUGGAGUUGAUUACCGCGUCCGAGAGCGAGAAUUUUGUUGUUGAAGAAGAAUGCGCGUUAGAGCUUGAAUCAAGGCUAAAUGCAGCACUUUCGUUAAUGUCCGAUUAUGAAGAAAUUCAGUUGCAAAUCGAAUUAACAGUGUCUGAAUCCGAGAUAGAAAAGCAGUUCCAGGAUCGUUCAGGAUUUCAGAGUCAGUAUUAUAGUUGUACCUCAAAAGGAAAAAGAUUAUUAAAUAGUUUUCGGGAAAAUCUUAAAGAUGAAAUAGAGUACAAUCGUGUCAGGGAAUUAAAACUUUGCUUAAAUUGCCUCAAAUCUGGUCAUUUUGUAACACGGUGCAGGAUAAAGGCUUUGUGCAACAAAUGCAACGGUAAGCACAAUACUUUACUUCAUCAUGAGGCUAUAGAGCAAGGGGAAAAUUCGAAAGGUUCUGAUGCAGUUGUUACUUUAUCAUCCUUUUCUUCAAAUAUGGUGUUGUUGUCUACAGUAAGUCUCGAGGUUUUAGAUAAGACCGGCAAGCCACGACUAAUAAGAGCUGUGUUAGAUUGUGGGUCACAGUCGUCUUACGUGACAUCAAAUUUAGUGAAACAGUUGGGUUUACCGGAAACUCCAAUUGAAAUAAAAAUGGUAGGUUUAAGUUGUACAUCAACAAAAAUAGAAUCGAAAUCUCAGGUCACUGUACGUUCUCGUCACAAUAAUUUUAGUACUUCAAUAUCGUGUCUUGUGAUUCCUGAGAUAACAAACCAACUUCCUGAGUUUUCAUUCAAUCUGUCGCAGGUGGAAAUUCCUCAGCAUCUUAGGUUAGCUGAUCCUCAAUUCAACAAAGCGUCUCGAGUAGAUAUGCUAAUAGGUGCUGAUAUAUUCUGGAACCUAUUGUGUGCUGCCCAAAUAAAUCUAGGAUCGAACAAACCUGUCCUCCAAAAAACAAAAUUUGGAUGGAUAGUUUCAGGGCCUUUAGGUGUCGGUGGGCAGGAAAAAUUUACUCAUUGUAACUUAUCCGUUGAGAAUGACUUACAAAGGCAGGUUUGUAAGCUAUGGGAGAUAGAAAAUGAAUUCUCAGAAAUUCGAAAAUUCUCGAAAGAAGAGCAAAUGUGUGAGGAUCAUUUCACAAAAACAGCGAGACAAGAUCAAGAUGGACGUUUUGUGGUGUCUAUUCCAUUAAAGAGUUGUGUGAGUCUGUUAGGGGAAUCUAAAAAUCGAGCUAUUCGACAGUUUCAGCAGUUAGAGCACAAAUUUGCGAAUAAUAUUGAAUUCAAGAAUAUGUAUGUAGACUUUAUGGAGGAAUAUGAAAGAAUGGGUCACAUGACUAAGGUGAAUGACAAAGUUCAGAUUGAAUGUGCAUACUAUUUACCUCAUCAUGGUGUUCUGCGAGAAAGUAGUGAAACCACUAAAUUGCGGGUGGUAUACAAUGCAUCAUCUCCUACUACAACUGGCUACUCUUUUAAUGAUCUUCAAAUGGUGGGUCCUACUAUUCAGUCUGACUUGAUAACAAUCAUACUUCGUUUUAGGCAGCAUACGUAUGUAGCGUGUGCAGAUAUUGAAAAAAUGUACAGGCAGGUACUUGUAGAAGAAAGAGAGCGCUCUCUACAACGAAUUGUAUGGCGUUCUGAUACUUCUUUGCCUAUUUCAACGUUUAAUUUAAACACAGUGACUUAUGGCACAGCUAGUGCACCUUUUCUGGCAAUUCGGUGUCUGUUUGAAUUGGCCAAGUUGUACGAGAAUGAGUGUCCUGAGGUAGUAAACAUCAUCAGACAUGAUAUGUAUGUUGAUGAUGUAAUCACAGGGUCGGAUUCUUUAGAAUCGCUACAGCAAAAUUGUGUGGGUCUUCUAAAUAUUUUGGAACGGGGUCAAUUUUUCCUAAGGAAGUGGAUUUCUAACUCUGAAAAGGUUCUUGAAGGAAUAGAUAAGUCUCGAUGGUCAUCAAGUUCAAAGGGAUUUGGAAAAGAAGAGGAAGAAAAAUCUAAAACACUUGGUCUAAUGUGGUUGCCUCAAUCUGACCAAUUGUCUUAUGACAUCAAUAUUGCUAAAAUAUCUCGAAUGCCAGUGAAAGAGCUUAUGGGGGAUGUAUCUAUUUACGCUCAGUAG